CGCGCCUUGCAGCCACAGUUUGCGGAUAAUCCACGCGGCCAGCAACCAUGCCGCCUCCCAUCUCCUCCUUGUCGUCUCUCAUGGCGUCCAGCCCAAUCCCGUCGCCACCGCUCGCCAAGCCUGGGAAGGUGCUCGCUGUCGCGCCCUGCAACGCCUCCUCCUCCUCCUCGCCGUCCACUUCCUCGUAUCAGGGCCACGCUGCCGCUCCUCAGGUGGCGUCGGCCGGCAGGAGGGGGCUGCUCGCGCUGGGCGCGGGGUUCCUGGCCUCGGCCGCGCUGCUGUGCCCGGCCGGGGACGCCGAGGCGACGCGCAUCGAGUACUACGCGACGGUGGGGGAGAAGCUCUGCGACCUGACCCUCGUCAAGUCUGGGCUCGGGUACUGCGACGUCGCCGUCGGCACCGGCGUCCAGCCCCCGCGUGGCGAGCUCAUCAAUGUGCACUACACUGCAAGAUUUCCUGACGGGACAGUGUUCGACAGCAGCUACAAGCGCGGCAGGCCACUGACAAUGCGCAUCGGCGCAGGCAAGAUCCUCCGAGGGCUUGAACAGGGAAUCAGUGGCGGUGGUGGUGUGCCACCCAUGCUUGUCGGUGGAAAGCGCAAGCUUAUGAUCCCUGCAACUUUGGCAUACGGGCCUGAACCAGCAGGCUGCUUCUCAGGAGACUGCAACAUUCCUGGGAACUCCACGCUUCUAUACGACAUCCUCCUCGUUGGAAUUUACAAGUGAGCAUCUGAUGACGAGGAACAUACAGAUAUUAGAGCAGACAGGGUCCGACAUCGUACAAACUUUUGGGACCCGUCUGGGAGUUUCAGACCGGAGUUGGAACUAUCGGAUACAUCAUAAGAUGCAGAGAAACAUGCAUGCAUGGAUGCUUAUGCCAAGAUUGAUGGUGAAAGCAAGUGUCACCAAAUCCCCCUUGGAAAAGCCUGUGCAUUGACUUUCUGUUCUAUUUCUGAAAUUGAUUAGCAGAAUGGAAUAGGGGCAACCUGCACCCGGCAAGAGGAGACUAAGCAGUCCCGUGAUAGAAAUGUGACUCUGUAAAGACAAGUCCUAUAAUUCAGAUUGUUCACCGGUAGCAGUUCUGUACAGCCCCCC